AUGGCGAUCAGUGGAUUCGCCGUCGCGUGCGCCACCGCGUGCACGAAUCCCAUCGACGUCGUGAAGACGCACGCGCAGGCGACGAGUCAGAAAUCAGCCAACCUCUUGCGCGUGAGCGAACGUUUGAUCGAACGGCGCGGCGUGCGCGCGCUCGCGCAGGGAUUGGGACCGGCGUUGACGCGCGCGGUGGUGUACGGGGGUGCGCGCUUGGGGGGGUACGAACCCGUCUUACGCGCGAUCGGGCCGCGCAUGGAGGGCGGGGAGUGGGACGCGUCGCGGCCGAGGGUGUGGACGGCGCUCGCGGCGGGCGCGACGUCGGGCGCGAUGGCGAGCGCGGCGCUGAAUCCCACGGAGUUGAUAAAGACGCGCAUGCAGCGAGAGGGUGGAACGCUCAGGGAGCACUUAGAGAGGGUGGUGCGAGAGGGUGGGAUGAAGACGUUGUGGAGAGGGAGCGCGCUGAGCGUCGCUCGGAGCGCGACGCUCACGGCGACGCAGGUGGCGACGUACGGAGAGGCGAAGCGCCGCGUUGUAGAGAGCGGGAUAGCGAAAGAAGGCGUUGGGUUACACUUCGCGGUGGCCAUGGUGACGGGUUUGGUGACGACGGCGACGACGAAUCCAGUGGACAUGGUGAAGACGAGAGUGUACGUCGCGGACGGGUCGCGAGAGAAGCCUUCGGUCGCGAGAGUCGUCUCCGUCGUCCUUCGUGAGCACGGCCCGCUCGGUUUUUGGCGUGGAUUCGGCGCGAAUUGGCUCCGAUUAGGACCGCAAACGGUCGUUACGUUCGUCGUGGCGGAAUUCCUACGCGACAAGCUCGGUCUCGGCGCGAUGUGA